GGGGGCCCCCCUGCCAUGGCCAUCGUGCAGACGCUGCCAGUGCCCCUUGAGACUGCUGCUGAGGGGGCCACACAGCUCCACACCACCACCUGCUCACCCCCUGCCACCAUGGGCAGCGUGGGCAGCCUCCUGCCCGUCCGGCCUCACCACGACUGCACAAGUGAUGGGGACCCCUCCACUGCCUCCUUCUGCAAGCAGGAGGGGCUACUCCGGGCCACUCCUGAGGAGCCCCGUGUGUCUGUGCCCGGUGUCACCCACUCAUACGCCAAUGGGGGCUUCUGCAGUGACUGGCUUGAUGCCUCCUCUCCUGCCAGCGCCUGUAGCGACUCAGAUGAUCUCCGUGAUGACCAAGCACCAAGUGAUCACCUUCAGGGUCCACCCCCCAAGCUUGUACCUGUCUCUGGCAAGCUGGAAGAGAAUGUGGAGAAGACCCUGAUCCGCCCCAUGGCCUUCAAGCCAGUGGUAUCGAAGCUUCGGAAUGCCCAGCCAGGCACGCGCCUGGGACUCUCGGAGAGCCAGGUGAAUCUCACCCACUUGCUGGGUGCUGAGAAGCCUGGCUCUCUGAGCUGCCGUGCCAGCACCCUCUCAGACUCAGGGCGCAACUCCCUCUCCAGCCUGCCCACCUACAGCACGGGCUGCAGCCAGCACCCAGAGGUGGGUGCCCUGCCAACCACCCCUCAUGGCCCCCUCGACCCUCUGGGGAGCUGCCGUCCCUCCAACUCGGACAGCGGGCGCUCAUCCUCCAGCAAGAGCACGGGCUCACUGAGUGGCCGGGGCCGGCCUUCCUCGGAGAGUGGCUCCUGCGGGCGCUCUCCGCUGCCUGGAGAGGAGGCCAUGCUCGUGCGGGAGCUGGAGGACAAGCUGCGGGAGAGGGAGGCCGAGCUACGGCUCCUGCGUGACAGCCUGGAUGAAAAUGAGGUGGCCAUCUGCCAGGUGUUUGAGGAGAAGCAGCGUCGGUGUGAGCAGGAGCUGGAGGGGCUGCGGCAGCGCUGUGCAGCCCAGGCGCGGCAGGCGGCCCAUGCAGCACAUCGAGGGCAGCAGGUCCUGCAGCUCCAGGUGCUGCAGCUGCAGCAGGAGAAGAAACAGCUGCAGGAGGACUUGACCCAGCUGCUGCAGGAGCAUGAGCUGCUGGAGCAUCGCUGUGCCUCCUUCCAGCGGGAGCGCACCGAGUUGGCACCCCGGCUGGAGGAGACCAAGUGGGAGGUGUGCCAGAAGUCGGGGGAGAUCUCUCUGCUGAAGCAGCAGCUGAAGGAAGCGCAGGCAGAGCUGGCGCAGCGGGGCGCUGAGCUGCUGGGGCUGCGGGGUCAGCUGCGGGAGGCACGGGCGCAGCUGCAGGCAGGCGAGCGGCGGGCGCAGGGGCUGCAGGAGGCUGCCCGCCUCAAGGCACUGGAGCUGGAGGUCUGCGCCAAUGAACUGCAGCGCCGCAAGAGCGAGGCCGACCUCUUCCGUGCCAAAGCCAGCCGGCUCGAGCAGGAGGUGAUGGGGCUGCGGGAAGCUGCCCGUGGGCGAUGCCCACCAGGCACCGCUGAAGGUUGCCCCCCACCUGGUGAAGGAUGCCCCUCAGCCAGCGAGGAUCUCCGGGGCAGUGUGGGGCUGCGGCGGCAGCUGGAGCGGCUGCGUGCGGAGGUGGCCCUGGAGCGACGGCGUGGGCAAGAGCAGCGGGAUGCCUUCGAGCAAGAACGUGGCACGUGGCAGGGCGAGAAGGAGCGGGUCAUCCGCUACCAGAAGCAGCUGCAGUACAGCUACAUCCAGAUGUACCGGCGCAACCGGCGGCUCGAGCAGCGGCUCCAGCAGCUCCGGCUUCAGGGCGAGGACCCCCUGCCUGAGCCCUGUGAUCCACCUGACCCACCAUUUGAGGAGAUAACAGCCACCGAGAUCUGA